AGCUAAAAUACUUUAAGUUAGAGCUAACUCGCCGAGCCCGUUCGCCACUCUCUCGUCGCUGAGUUUCACUGUAAGCACCCGAGUCACCAAAAUUCUCCAUCAAUGGUAUCGACGCUCCUACCCAUUUUUGUUCUUCAGAAGAAGCAUUAAGAUCUCUUCAUCAAACUCAAAUUUUCGCUCCUGUUUCUCUACAAAUGUCAUUGCCUUCUCAAAAUCUCUUCAGAUGUUCCAGCCGUUUCAAGUUCUGUUGCUUCACCAACUCCCUUUCCAGAAACAACAAUCUCUUCUCUCCCCCAAUUUCAUCUCCAUCCCUCCACAACCUCCAUCAAUUCCACUUUCAUGCUCAUCGGCUACUGACCACUCAUAACAAUUCAACCUCCCGCCACCGGAGUUAUUGCCAAUAUGGCAUUGGAGUUUACGAAUCCGAAGACGUUGCGCGGAGUGGCGAUUUCAAUUUAGAAUCGGUUCUUUUGCUUUCUGAAUUGCUUUCUCUCUUUUCUUCCGCUGUUUUCUUGGUUGUUUUUGCUGUGAAUUUCGUGGGUUCGAGUUCGAAAAAGGCGCUUUGGGUGUUGAUUGGGGAUAGGGGCUUGGUGUGGGGGUUUCCUCUGCUAGUGGCUACGGUUGUUCUUAACUCGUGGAUUCGAAGGCGGCAAUGGAGACGAAUAUGUUGGGGGAAAACAAGUGGUGGGUUGAAGGUGAAUUUGUUGGAUAGGAUCGAGAAAUUGGAGGAGGAUUUAAGGAGCUUGAUGACUGUGAUUCGGGCCUUGUCUAGGAAGCUUGAGAAGUUGGGCAUAAGGUUUAGGGUUACACGAAAAACUCUGAAGGAUCCAAUUGCUGAGACUGCAGCUUUAGCUCAAAGAAAUUCUGAGGAAUCUCGAACUUUGGCUGUGCAAGAAGAUGUGCUUGAAAAAGAACUCCUUGAAAUGCAAAAGGUCUUACUAGCCAUGCAGGAGCAGCAACAAAAGCAACUGGAGCUGAUUGUUGCAAUUGGAGAAAAAAGGAAGCUCAUGGAAAGCAAACAGACACUGGAUCAAGAACGAUCAAGAACUGAAAGACACAAUUCUGCCAAUGAGGAAUCAAAAGAACUGGAAGCUUAUGAAAUCUGAGUUUGGAUCCUCAUCAAAAUUUUCCCAUUCAUUAAUUAUUCACUGUUUCUUCUUGUGAUUUUAAGCUAAAACUUGACUCUUAAAUUUAUAAUUGAAUGAAGUAAUAAAAUAAUGAAUAGGAAGAUCAGGAGCAUCCAAACUUAUUAGGACUAAGUUCUCAUGAAAACCGAAGACGACAAAAAUUUAAGGUCCAUUUGAUAACCAUUUAGUUUUUUGUUUAUGAAAAAUUAAGUCUAUAAUACUUCUUUUACCUUCGA